UGUAAUAAUUUCAUUAUCAUUUUAAUUAAACUCUUCGUCAUAAGGUUGUUCCCCCUUUUGCAACUGGAUCAAUUCUCAGGUGUCAGAUUUUAGUCUGUUCUUAUAUGGUAGCAUAGAAACCAAAUGAGAUUUGUCUUUACUUAUCGAUUUCUUGCAGACAGCUGCACUAACAUCAAGUCUGUUGGUAAACCUGUCACUCACAAUGCUCGACAGCACACACAAGGAGCCUGGAUGAAAGACCCACUAGGAAUCAUGGGUACUGAAACCAUAUUUGUUAUGGAAUCGUUUACGGGAAACAACGUGUUAGAAGAGUUUGAAAACAUGGACAUGUUCAAAGCAGGCGUGGCUCGUAAGACGUACAUUCUGCCUUACAACUGGGACGGAACUGGAGCAGUGGUGUAUGGAUCAUAUCUCUAUUAUAACAGAGCAGGAUCCGCUUAUAUCUACAAGUACAGCCUGCGCACAGAGCUCAUCGAGGCCACAAUCACCGUGAGUUCUUUCACAUCAAGGAAAAACCACUACCAGUGGGGCGGAUUCAGUGCAAUGGACCUGGCAGUUGACGAACAGGGAUUGUGGGUAUUAUGGGGCAGUACUGCAAACAGCGGGAAACUGUACGCAUGCAAAAUUGAUGUUUACAAAAACGUCAUCACUGACACUUGGUCACUGAACACAGAACCAAUGAGAUCGAUGGGCAAUGCAUUUGUGGUCUGUGGAGUGAUCUACUGUAUCGACGAUUAUAACAGCAAGUCCACUACCAUCAACUUUGCUUACGACACCAAGACAGGCAAACAGUGGAACCCCAACAUACAGUUCACAAACCAGUACGGCUACAACUCCAUGGUGGAUUACAACCCCAGAGAAAAAGUGCUGUACGCGUGGGACAACAGGCGUCAAGUUACUUACUCACUUACUUUUGAGGAACAUUAGAUUCUUGAAAGACACGAAUCUGAAGCAGGAGAUAAAUGUUUAACUUGUUGAUUGCUUUGCUUUUUUGUAGAAGACACGCUCAAACAAAAUACUUUUAGUUCACAAUUUGUACUCUUUUAGACUUCUUAUUCAGUCUUACAAAAACAAUACAACCUAUCACUCAUUUCAUUUACUGUACUGAAAACCCGUCCGCAGAUCUCAAUUGGCUUUUCGAUUCAGACUUUUGUUCUGUUCGUGGUCAGUUUUUUGACGAAAUCGGGUGUCUAUUUAGAUAAAAAUGUAAGACUUAGAUGUAGUGAGUAUUUUAAUGAGAAUUAAGAUCUUUGAUCAGGAACUGUCUCUGAUUGUCGGAAUAAGUGUAAAUUGUAAGUGUAGUUACUGAAGAACACGAAGGAAGACUUGUCUUCUGUAAACUGGCCCAAGUUUGAUUCAAGAGAUCAAAGUGUUGGCAUGGGUAAAACUGCUGUUAGUGCUGAGUGCUAAAAUAAAAUAUGAAAAAUAU